AUGCCCUUCGUCAAGGUCCAGAAGAACUCUGCCUACUUCUCUAGGUUCCAGGUUAAGCCCCGAAGGAGGAGAGAGGGUAAGACCGACUACCAAGCGAGGAGGGCUCUUGUGUCUCAGGCCAAGAACAAGUACGCUUCCCCCAAGUACAGGCUCGUUGUCCGUAUCACCAACAAGCAGGUGAUCUGCCAGAUCGUCUACGCCAAGCUCCAGGGUGACGUUGUCUUCGCCCACGCUACCUCCAAGGAGCUCCCCCGAUACGGUAUCAAGCACGGUCUCACCAACUGGACCGCCUGUUACGCUACCGGUCUCCUCGUCGCCCGACGAGCCCUCACCAAGCUCGGCCUCGCCGAGAAGUACGAGGGUGUUACCGAGCCCACCGGUGAGCUCGAGCUCACUGAGGCUCUCGGUGAUGACGAGCCCCGACCUUUCAAGGUCUUCCUCGAUGUCGGUCUCCGAAGGACCUCUACUGGUGCCCGAGUCUUCGGUGCCAUGAAGGGUGCUUCCGACGGUGGUAUCUUCAUCCCCCACAACGAGAAGCGAUUCCCCGGUUUCGACCCCGAGGCCAAGGAGAUCGACGCCGAGGUCCUCCAGAAGUACAUCACCGGUGGCCACGUCGCCGAGUACAUGGAGUCCCUUGAGGAGGAAGACGACGAGCGAUUCAAGAAGCAGUUCUCUACCUACCUUGCCGACGGUAUUGGAUCUGACGACAUUGAGGAGAUUUACUCCGCCGCUUACGAGGCCAUCCGAGAGAACCCCGAGUUCAAGCCCACCGAGAAGGCCGACCUCGCCAAGUGGAAGGAGGAGUCCAAGAAGUACAAGACCAAGAAGCUCACCAAGGAGCAGCGACUCGCCAACGUCGAGGCCAAGAUUGCCGCCUACAAGGCUGGCAAGCUCGACGCCGAGGACUCCGAGUAA